GCCAAGCAGCCAAGAAAAGCGGUAUACCUUUUCCUGACGCUAUAGUGUUCCUGUCUUGUCUGCGAUGAAGAUUCCGGCGGUUAAGAAUUUGUUCAGGAGUUCUCCAGACAUGGGGAAGGAGAAGAGUAGAGCCGUCACAGCAUCCGUGGAGGCGCUAGAAGAAGAGGAAGAGGAGAGAGGCACAUGGGGCAACCAAUGCGAGUUUUUCCUCUCCUGCCUCGGGUACGCCGUGGGCUUCGGGAACGUCUGGAGGUUCCCAUACCUGGCCUACAAGAACGGUGGAGUUCACAAUGGUGGAAACAUUAACCACAGCACUGUUCGACCAGUUUGAGUUCCUGCGGGCCAAGAAGCCGUUAGUGGUGGGCCUGAUGUGCCUAGCAUUGUUCCUUUGUGGCCUUACGAUGUGUCUUGAGGGUGGCAUAUACAUGUUUGAACUCUUCAAUUGGUAUUCCGCAAGCAUUUCUGUCAUCAUCCUUGCUAUUACUGAAAUUGUACUUGUACAGUAUAUAUACGGAUUUAAGAACUUCAUGAGAAAUAUUAAAGAAGAAAUGGGUAUUUAUAUGCCCGCACCACUCUAUGUGUACUGGACAGCUACAUGGCUCUUCAUUACUCCCGUCGCUCUUGUUCUCAUUUUUUUCUUGUCGUGCUAUUACUUUGUGCCAGCUUAUUUUGGCAAGUACGUAUACCCGGCAAACAUCCAAGCGCUGGGCUGGUUUAUAUGCUUCUCCUCCGUGGUGUUCAUUCCUAUGGGCGCUCUUUACGUUCUUCUGAAAGGUGGCAAGGAAUAUAAGGACCUUAUUAGGUCCUCGCCAGACUUCUGCCCUGGACACGUUAGGAAACUGAGAGAAAAAGAAGCUGCUGCCACUAAAGGCCAACCUGAUGGCGUCUUCCGGUAUACCUAUGAUAAUGAAGGUUUUCAGGAACCCACUGCCAAGGUCUAUCCAAAGAUACCCAAGGAAACACCACCUCCGUACUCCAAUCACAUGUGAAGGGUGCAGUGCUCUGGUCCCUCCGACAUACUUUUUCUCACGGGGCUGCGGCAGCCAGCCUCUGAAGCAUCUUUCAUAAGCCUGUGUUAGAAUUUAGGACACAAUGUAACGUAUUUUUUAAUCAGUACUUUUCGUUAUGCAUGUCUUCUAAUUCAAAUGCGUAUUUUAUCUGAGGCAUGCACAUUUUACCUGACUCAGACAUAACAGGGUAAAAAACAAUAUUAACACGAAUCUCGUAGUAUAUGACUUAUAUAUUUGUUGAAUACCCUUUCAUCACGAUACGAAGUAAACCACUUCAUUAAUUAGUGCUAAUUGUUUUCGUCACAAAACCUGUUUUCCACGUGAUCGCAUGUCUAUGUUCAUGAAAGUUUCGAAGAGUGUAAGGUAUGAGCUACAGAUUAACUUAUGUGAAGAAGUCACUCAGGGAGUGGUCGAGUCUCUUCUGUGAGUCUCGUACUUAUCAAAGACGUUGGGAUCCGGUUACUGCUUGCCUUAUUGAAUAUGUAACCAGAUUUCCUGUUUCGUACUCUGAACACCACCUUCCGUUACUUAAGAAUAUGAAGGAUUGAGUUCCUUCGGUUUGAGAAAUGACAAUUUCUGAAAUAAUUCUUCAUCAAAAGCCUGUAAGGGAUAACUGAAUAAAAUAAUUGAAGGGAUAGUUGAAUGUAGAGUGUUUUCGACACUCAGAAAUGUUUUAUCAAAAAGAUCAUGACUCGACAUCUUUAGCAUGGAAUAUCAAACUGGAAAAAAAACAAUUAUUGUUACAGCUGAUACUCCCUGCAUUCUGGUCUUUUGUAUGAACACACCGUGUAGCAGAUUUGAAAUGUAUAACAAACACACAUUCAGGAUUAUUUCGCUUUUUAUCACUCUCUCGCCUCGUGAUGUGAGUGUGGUUUUUUUUUUUUAUAUAUAU